UGUUCGCCGCUUGCCCGCUGCUGUCUGCCUGCCCUCGUUUCCAAUGCAGCAGCGACCAUGACAGGCAUCGCCGCUGCUUCUUUCUUUUCCAACGCUUGCAGGUUCGGGGGCUGCGGACUUCACUUCGACUCUCUUGCCGAGCUCAUCGUGCACAUCGAGGACAACCACAUCGAUACAGACCCCCGACUGCUGGAGAAGCAGGAGCAGCAGCAGCCGACAUAUGUUGCCCUCAGCUACAUCAACAGGUUCAUGACAGAUGCUGCGCGGCGAGAACACGAUGCCCUGAAGAAGAAGGUGCAGCCCAAGUUGUCUCUUUCUCUGACAGGCAAUCUGUCUCGCAGCAGCGUUUCCACACCGCCUCGCCACACCAGUGGAAACCUCACCCCUCCAGUCACCCCACCCAUCACCCCUUCCUCUUCCUUCCGCAGCAGUACGCCUACAGGUAGCGAGUGUGAUGAGGAGGAGGUAGACUUCGAGGAGUCCGACAGUGAUGAGUCAUGGACUACGGAGAGCGCCAUCAGCUCUGAGUCCAUCCUCAGUUCCAUGUGCAUGAACGGAGGAGACGAGAAGCCUUUUGCCUGCCCUGUCCCAGGCUGUAAAAAGAGAUACAAGAAUGUGAACGGGAUCAAGUAUCACGCCAAGAACGGCCACCGAACCCAGAUAAGGGUGCGCAAACCCUUCAAGUGCCGGUGUGGGAAGAGUUACAAAACAUCUCAGGGUCUCCGCCACCACACCAUUAACUUCCACCCACCCAUCUCUACUGACAUCAUCCGUAAGAUGCAGCAGUAGAGACUUGAGUGAGUGACCAGCACUCUCCUUCAGGCCACACUUCCCCAACCCAUCAUCAUCAUCAUCAUCAUCACCAGCAAUGGCUGUUUCUCAUUCCACCUCUAUUCCUGACAGCCUCAACCCCCUGCCCCUCCUCUUCUUCUCUCUCUUACCCCACUUUGCUAUGACACUAUUUUUGAUUGCAUGGAAUAAAUGUAUUCUUAUUCAUCCUUGAUUUUUAUUUAGAAUAUUGAAUCUUUAUGUAGUUCACAGGUUUGUAUUUUGCACAUUUAAGCUAUCAUUUAUCCAGUCAAGUUUUAUUUUUUUGUUUUGUUUUUUUUUGUUUUUUUGAUAAAUGGUGCUCGUUGAUGAUGAGGGCUUGUAGUCUAGAGAAUGGCCACACCAAGUCACGAGUAGCCUUGCAUGUAUAGGAGGGCAUCCUGCUUUAAAGGCAGCGUGAGGUCAGAAGAAACUGAGGCGAGAAUUGGACGUGUUUGUCGAGAAAGGAGACAACCAUUAGCUUGUCUCUGUCUCAUAUGAGCCAAAAAAAUGUGACAGAGACAAAUGACAAAAAUCUGAAUGUGUGUGGUAUAAACAGGAGAAAUCCAACCUGAAAACUUUUGUACAUGUUUCAGUCUUUAUCAGAUUUGAUGUUAUUAAUCACUUAUUGGAUUUAGUUUCUUUCCUUUCAUAUCACAAGUAUUAUAAACCUUUUUUUUCUCAUCUGUUUUACUGCAAACAUUUGUGUGACUUCUGUGAGCACCAAAGGAUGAUCUCAGGUGACAAUUGAAAGCAUUUCAGCACCACAAUCCUGCCCAAGUGUUCUCACAGUAUUUAUGCUGUUCAGCGGGAUCAUGGGAACUCUGUGUGUCAUUGUUCCUAAUGUUCCUAAUCACUUUCCUAAAAGACAUAAGCAGUCGUCCUUGCUAUUUUACGGUGAGGGAUUGAAGCACUUUUUGUAACACGUUGCCAACAAAUUAGCUUUUUUUUUUUUUGCCAAUAUCUCGUUUCUGGUGUGUGUAUGGUAUCUACCAGAACGAGGCAAAAGGCCUUCAGAGCAGAAGUGCAAGUUCUACAUUGUUCCAAGGGAAGAUGUACACCAAACCUCCAGUGUUUCCAGUUUUGUGAGAUUUCUGUAUGUACAGUAGUUGCCUUGAAUUGUAAACCAUUCCAGUCCAGUAUAAAUCUUUACAUGGCUUCAUUUUGACAGUCCACGCAAAUUCAGCUGAAUGCACACAGCUCAGUCCAGACUGUUUGCUGUUCACCGACUCCCUGCUCUUAUGAAACCACGUGAUUGCCCGUGACAUGGAUGGGAGAAAAGGAGGCGGGGGAGGUUAGCGUUAGCCAUGUAUUUAGCACAUUUACAUUUUCACAGUCCUGCUGUGAGAGAAACACAUGUGGCUCCUACUUUGUGCCAUAAUGUCAGUCAUUCCUGAAAUAAUCAAUUGCAGAUCAUCAGAUGCCACGGGAUUGGGGAUCUAUCAACAAUGAGCCAUUAGGUAACAUCUUCACUGCAUGGAUGUUCAUGUUAAGGAACUAUUGUGACAGUAUUGUACUGCCAGUAUGGAGGAAAGUCUUUGAUAUAGUGUACAGUGAAUGUAUCGUCAUGUGUUAAGUGCAUUAAAUUAUAUUUUCAUAUGUUUCUGGAGUUAGAGAAAAAAAAACCCAAUUGUAUAAUGUGUUUAAAAAGGCAAAAUCAGAGGUCGUUUGGAGAAACUAAUGGUGAUGUACUGUAUUUCUUCAAAAAGCUGCUUCAUGUAAACUUUUGUUACAUUUAGAAUAAAAGUUCCUCUAAU